AUGGAAAGACCCGUUUUGUCGCUUUUCCGGGAAGGGAGAAGAAGGCGCUCAGAGACAAAACUGAUGAGCGGAGAAGGCUGUAGAAGGGUAAUAAGAUUGGGAAGGAUUCUUGGUGGGUUCUAUGGAAUGCCGGGAAUGGAGUAUUUCAACUCAAAGUACGAACAAUUCGAAAACGAACCAGAGUGGGAGGAGUGUAGCUACAUAGGUAGAGGAAGGGACGAGAUGGAUCAUCAUUUUGAUCAAAUGAGGAUAAGGGAAGAGUGGCUACGCAGAGGGAAAUAUAGACCUAGAAAUUCGUAUGAUACAUGCCCUUAUGGUUGCACAGAUGCUGACUUGCUAAAGGAGCUAUCCGAAGCGGAGGUCAAUGAGAGACUUGCAAAGCUAGGCGAUAAAGUUAGUGUUAAGGAGAUGUUUAUUCUGUGGAGUAAUGUGCAUAGGCAUGAAAGGAAGAAGUACACGGAUAUGCAGGAAAGAGCAAAAAUUUUCUGCGAUCAUUUAGGUGAAAAUUUUCAUAUCCCAGAAGAGGUUAGGAUUAGAGCUUGGAUGAAGGUAUAUAGAUGUAUGACUUCUGUUUUUCUUCGCUUUGAGAAGAGGCACCGUAAACAUUUUUUAAUGUUUCUGAGACGUGGUCCAUCUACUAGGACUGGAUUCCUUAACUAUAUACAUCGAACCCGGAGAGUGUGGAAGACGCGCAGGAUGAAAAUAAGCAACUACUGGCGCAGCAAGAUGGUUGGUUUUUUUAGGUGGUACUGGGACAGGCGCGGUAGGAGGGCUCCUGGCGGGGGUGUCAGGGAGUAUGGCAGAGUGGGUGCUGGGGAGUAUGACAGAGUGGGUGCUGUGGGGUAUGACAGAGUGGGUGCUGUGGGGUAUGACAGAGUGGGUGCUGGGGAGUAUGGCAGAGUGGGUGCUGUGGGGUAUGACAGAGUGGGUGCUGGGGGGUAUGAUAGUAGGGGUAUCACGGAACAAGACAGAAGGUAUGUGAGUAGCCACGACAGCAGGUAUGCAGGCCGGUACGACAGCAGGAAUGACGGAUUGAACGAUAGAAGGGACAGCAGCAUGUAUGGUAGUGUAGAUGGCAGUUUGUACGGAAGUAGGGAUAGCGUCAUGUGCGAGAGUAGGGAUGGAGGGGCGGACGAGGGAAGAAAUGAUGGUUUAGGCGAAAGUAGAAAUGGUAACUUGUAUGGUAGUACGAAUGAGGGCCUUGAUGAGAGUGGAAGUGGGGGCUUGUAUGGUAGUACGAAUGAGGGCCUUGAUGAGAGUAGAAGUGAGGGCUUGUAUGAGAGUAUGAAUGAGGGCCUUGAUGAGAGUAGAAGUGAGGGCUUGUAUGACAGUAGAAGUGAGGGCUUAUAUGACAGUAUGAAUGAGGGCCUUGAUGAGAGUAGAAGUGAAGGCUUGAACAAACGCAUGAACGGAGGGAUGGAAAAACCACGCGGUGAAGACAACGCGUAG